UGACAAAGUGGAGACUGAUGCAACUUCACAUUUUAGAAAGAGCAUGUCAAACCCGCUGCACCUAAAGUAGAAACUAAAGCAGAAACAACCAGCAAAGCAGCGGCUGCACCAAAGCUAACUGCGUUGCAACAAAAGAUGAAGGAUAAACUUUCUGGAUCUAGAUUUAGAUGGCUUAAUGAACAGCUCUAUACAACUCCCGGAGACGAGUCAUUUACCUUAUUCCAAGAGAAGCCAGAAUUAUUUGAACAUUACCAUGCAGGUUUCCGACAUCAAGUCGAGUCAUGGCCAACAAAUCCAGUCGAUGUCAUGAUUGAAUAUCUGCAAUCUUUACCAACAAGCACUGUCAUUGCGGACAUGGGUUGCGGCGACGCAAAAAUUGCUCAUACUUUGACAAAACACAAGGUUCUUAGCUUUGACUUGGUAGCGAAGAAUGAUAAGGUCGUGGCGUGUGAUAUAGCAAAGCUUCCUCUUCCAAAGGACUUUGUUGAUGUUGUUGUUUUCUGUCUUUCAUUGAUGGGAACAAACUAUGUUGAUUUUAUACGAGAGGCUCAUCGCGUGCUAAAGGAAGGCAGCGAGCUGAAGAUUGCAGAGGUCAUCAGUCGCUUUAGUGAUGUGGAUGCCUUUAUUGAGCUUAUGGACGAACUUGGCUUUGAGUUUAUGGACAAGGACGAUUCAAACAAGAUGUUUAUACUUCUUGAUUUCGUAAAGAAGCCAAGCUAUGAGGGAGGAGUCGAUGCCGAAGAUAGUGAGGUGCUCAAAGGUCUUAAUAUGAAGCAGAAGAAGGCAUUGAAGAAGGGACUAAGUGGUGGAAAGUCAGCGAAUGCCAAUAACAUUGCCCGUAAAGCUAAAGAUUUGCUGAAGCCAUGUUUGUAUAAGAAACGAUAGAAAUAAAAUAAAAUAUUCGAUUCCUCAAGCAAAGGAUUUAUUCUC